GCCAGCGAAGCGGUUUGACCCUCGCGAUUUGCCGUCGCUGGCCGCAGCUACAGUUGCUAAUGCUGCUGCUGAAAGCGAUGCUCCUGCUUCUCCUGACGUGGAGUAUUUCCGCUUCUUGCCUGUGUAUCCCGUGGUGAGAAUAGUCUUACAGUGAAAACAAGUUAUUUGGACACUACUUUAAACGAACCUGGAUUAUUAUCUUCCUCAUCCGUGAUUUUAGCUUUCUUCUCGUGUCCACCUCUUUUUUACUUGGUUGUGUAGGCAAUACGGUUGACGUACUUGAACACCAUGAUUAAAGCCAUUCUCAUCUUUAAUAACCAUGGCAAACCACGACUGUCUAAGUUCUAUGAACAUUACACUGAAGAUACACAGCAGCAAAUCAUUAGGGAGACGUUUCACUUAGUAUCAAAGAGAGAUGAAAAUGUCUGUAAUUUCUUGGAAGGAGGAAUGUUAAUUGGGGGCUCUGACAAUAAACUCAUUUAUCGACAUUAUGCCACGCUGUACUUUGUCUUCUGUGUGGAUUCUUCAGAAAGUGAACUUGGAAUUUUAGAUUUAAUUCAGGUAUUUGUGGAAACGCUAGACAAAUGUUUUGAGAAUGUAUGUGAACUGGACUUAAUUUUCCAUGUAGACAAGGUCCAUAAUAUUUUGUCAGAGAUGGUGAUGGGAGGUAUGGUGCUAGAGACAAAUAUGAAUGAAAUUGUUACUCAGGUUGAUGCACAAAAUAAACUAGAGAAGUCUGAGACCUUUAUCUUUCAGUCUCCCAGACAGGACAGGUAGAUACAGCUGCUUCAUUAUUUCCUGCUUAUGGUUUUCAUCUCUGAGGCACUUGAAAAAACAUUGAGGAUACCAUAAAUUUUAAAUAUAAGCUGCCACUAGGACUGUGUCUGAGUUGCAUUUCAGCCUCCUUUACCUGCAGGGCUUCUGGUCAGAUGCAUAUCCACUCGGAAUGAUGUUAAAAAAACAAAUCUCUAUGCAAAUGAAAGCCAUCGGAAGAGAACAUGGAAUGCUCUAGGACAGAAGUUCCUGUUUUGAAGAGUUUAGUUCUGUUGUUUCCUAGUCAUUUACAGUAACACUGGAAGUACACUACCUUGAGACUCUGUUAAGGACAUAUAUAUGUAGGAUUACUAACCUUUUAGAUGUAGAAAUUCUGAACAAAUGUUUCUUGUUUAUUAUGAAGAGUGGGUUAUGGGCUGUCCAUUUUCACUUGAUUAUUUUUACUCCAUUUAACUAGCUACCUUGAAUGUUCCUGUUCCCGGUCACUAGCUGUGCUAUGUGUUAUACUUCUACAACAUAAAUGUUCUGGCUAUAUGUUAUUCUGUAAUCAAGAUGGCUGAGAGCUGUGCUUGCUUCUACUAUUGUUGCUGCUGUAUGCUUGUCUAAGAGUGUAGAUGCUACAGCACAGACUUAUGUCACUGGAUACACUCCCAAGUCAUACUGCUCAAUUUUGGCAUUGUAUCUCUGAACGUGUGCAUUACUUAUGGAUUCAGAUGUAACAUAACUAAGCAUGUUGUAGCAUUAUUAGCCAAGAUGCAGAUGUUUGUUGCCCUGGUAUGCCACAAAAUACUGCAUUGCGCUAAUGAGUAUGGCAUAAGUCACUGCGAGACACAUUAGGUGGUUAAUGAACAUUAGCUGUUACUAGAAAUCAGACAGUUGUAGGAAUUUAAGAGGUUGGAUGAUAUUGAAUACCUGCUUCUAAACAUUUUUUGAUCCAUGUAAAAAAUCCAGUGAGAAUGUCAAAUUCUGACUUUUACUGCACCAUUAAUUAUCUUUUCUUGUUAUGUAGUAUCUUGUGACAUGCCACUGAUAAGAUUUGCAUCCCGACUGUUGCCACUGUAUAUCUUUUGUACUAUUUUGAUUAAUGUAUGAAGUUAUUCAGUUUACAAACUCAAAAAAUCAGCACAGUGAUGAACUAUGGGCUAAGCAGUUGUGCACAGAAAGCUUUCUGACUAAUCCUCUUUCUAAACAAUGGAAAAUCAAAAAUUAUGCUUUCACCCCACCAUGGCUUUUAUGCUUCAUUGUAGCUGACGGGUUUAUUCUUCAUUCUAAUACUGUCAUGUCACUUUUUCUUGAUAUUUGUUGCUGACCUGUAAGUGUUCAAGAAAACCUAUUUUUUAUUUGUAAGAAGAGAUUUGUUGAGCUAAAUGUCAUGCUUAUAUAUUUUUAAUUCACAUAAAGUGUAAAGUGAUGUAAAAUUUUACAACUUUCCUUACAUAUGCAAGUUUAUCCAGUAACUCAAUGGGAGUGGGUUGCCAAAAUACAUCUUUGAGUAGAAUUUCAUAUUUGAAUCUGUUUUCACAUAAUGCCACACCAUGUCUUUUCAAAAUGGGUACAGUGCUUAGUUGGCAACAUAAAGGCUUGAUUCUACAGCUUUCUUUUUGACAUAAUAAAAUAAUUGUAUUAUUUUCAUGUGAAGUUAACACACAAUUUCCAGCUUCAGAAAUGACACGUGUUAGGUGGAACAGCCCCACAGUAGUUUUCUCAGUCUUCUAGUUCAUGGAGAAAAGUGAAGCUUACCUGCUCUUCCCUACUGUUUUAAUGUGUUAGCUUGACAUUGUAAGAAUUGUUCAGAAGUAUUUAAUAGAAAGGAUAAGUAGGUUAUAUAGAAAAAAAAUAGCAGUCCCUUGAGAAUACAUUCAGGGUAGUUCUGUAGUUAGCAGAACAUAGCAUUUUAUAUGUUGAGUAUUUUGUCUGUGUAGAUGAUAUUAGAAUUUGUAGACUAAAAUAUUGUACAGACUUGUAAUAUAUGUACGUACUGUUUUCUCUCAGACCUUGCUCUUUCCUUUCAGAAUUAUUUUGAUUCCUGCUUCCAAAUCAUAAAAUAUUGUGAAUGCAUUUUCUACAGGCUGAUGCAUGCAAGUCUUUUCUGAUUUUCUCAUGACAGCUUACACCUAUGCAUUUAUCGCUUGCUAUUUAGACUGCAAUGAAGAUAUUUGAUAACGUGCUUUUUUUAUUUUUACAUCUCUGUCUUCUCGUUGCAUUUGCUGCAUGAGCUUUCUACUAACCAGUGAGCUUUGACAACGAUUUGUUUAAAAUAAUGCCCGAGUGCAACAUACUGUGGUGUGCCAUUGUAUAAAAUGUCUUGAUUAUCAAAAA